AUGCCACCAAAGCGCAUGACAGCAAACCCCGUCAAGCCGGCGCGUUACCGCGCCGGCAAACCCGUGGCGCCAGAGGCGUCGUCUUCGGACUCAGAUAGCAGCGACGACGAGACCAGCAAGGCUGAGGCCGAGACCAAGACUAGAGCCAUUCCACCACCCCCCAAAGCUGCGAGCGCCGCCAAGAUUGCCAGCAAUCUCAGCAAAGUUAAUCUUGAUGAACGCAGACGUCAGGCGCAGGAGCAAGAAGAACGGAGAGUAGCGAGAGAAAAGGCAGAGCGUCUUGCCGCAGAAGAAGGCUUCGUGACAGAAGAAGAGGAGGAUGAAGGAGACGAUGAUGAAGAAGAGAGCGAGAGUGGAAGUGAGGAAGAGAGCAGCAGUGAGGAAGAAGCACCCCGUCGACUCAUGAUCCGACCGAAGUUCAUUCCUAAGAACCAACGCAAUGCCGCCAAAGAUCCAUCAGGCCAGAGCUCGACGGUAAAGGAUGAGGAGACGCGUCUCGCGGAGGAAGAGGCCCGGCGCAAAGCGGCAGCCGAUGCUCUGGUCGAGGAACAGAUUAAGAAAGACUUAGCUGCGCGUGCUGCGGGGAAGAAGCACUGGGACGACGAUGAAGCGUCCGGUUCCGACGUCGACACAACAGACGACCUUGAUCCAGAGGCAGAGCUGGCGGCGUGGCGACUGCGGGAGCUGAAGCGUGUCAAGCGCGAGCGCGAUCGAAUUGCGGAACAAGAAGCUGAGUAUGCGGAGCGCGAGCGUCGGCAGAACCUAACACAAGAAGAGCGUGAUGCCGAGGACGCGGAGAAGAUUGCCAAGCAGAAAGAGGAGAAAGACAACCGCGGCAAGAUGUCGUAUCUGCAGAAGUACUACCAUAAGGGUGCCUUUUAUAGCGAUGAGGCCAAGGCGUACGGGCUCGACAAGCGCGACAUCAUGGGCAUGCGGAUUGCGGACGAUAUCAAGGAUCGCAGUGCGCUGCCUGAGUACCUCCAGAAGCGCGACAUGACCAAGCUAGGCAGGAAGGGUGCGACAAAGUACAAGGAUCUCAAGAGCGAGGAUACAGGACGGUGGGGAGAAUUUGAAGACUCUCGCAGCCGAGAUAGAAGGGGAGGUUUCGAUAGGUAUGGUGUCGACGAGCGGUUCCAGCCGGAUGACGAUCGUGGGGCCAAGGGUGCCAACGCCAUCCCUUUGGGCGACCGCAAGACGGAUGGUCCUAAGGGUGAUCGGUCACGGGGCGAUGACAGUUAUGGCCGAGACCGCGACAGUGACCGGAGAGACAGAGACCGAGACAGGAGGGACAGGGAUGGUGACAGGUACCGACGUCGGGACGACUAUCAUCGGAGGGAGAGGUCCAGAUCCAGGUCACCACGGCGAGACUCUCGAGAUGAGUAUAGAGACCGGCGGAAACGUAGCCCCUCCCGCGAAAAGGACCGUCAUGAUAAUGACAAGCGGCGGCGCGUGGAUUAA